GCCUGUGCAGCAGCGGUAGCAGCAGCUGCUGGUGGUGGUGAUGAUGAUCAUGAAGCCUCGGUAUCGUUUGCGCUGCUUGCUGCUGAUCCGCGGCACAUGCUCAGUUAUGUACACCCAGGCAACUUUGAAGUCUUAGCUGUGGCUGCUGAGGUCAUUGCACAGGGAAAAAAAAUAGAGCGAGUCCCUCCACUACACCGCCUCCAUUUUGAAUAGCCAUGUAAUAGGGGAUUCGCAUAGUUUGUGUGUAUCGCCCGCUGACUGCGCUGCGUAGUGUCAACAAGCCACAUCCAAACAUCCUUCGACAUGGACGACCUGUUCAGUCCGCGGAGGAGCCUAAACAGCACACAGGGAGAGAUCAGAGUGGGGCCAAGUCAUCAGGCCAAGCUCCCAGAGCUGCAGCCACGGCCUGCGCCUGGUUUGCAAACUCAAACAGAGAGUGAGGAGCUCAUGUGGACGCCUGGGGUCAAUGACUGUGACCUUCUCAUGUACCUCAGAGCUGCUAGGAGCAUGGCGGCGUUUGCAGGGAUGUGUGAUGGUGGAUCCACAGAGGAUGGAUGUUUAGCAGCCUCCCGUGAUGACACCACACUCAAUGCUCUGAACAUGCUUCAUGCAAGUCACUAUGAUGCAGCAAAAGCUCUCCAGCGUCUUGUUAAGAAGCCUCUGCCAAAACUUAUUGAAAAGUGUUGGUCGGGAGACGACGUGAAACGCUUCAUCAAAGGCUUGAGACAAUAUGGCAAAAAUUUCUUCCGCAUUCGGAAAGACUUUCUCCCCAGCAAAAAGACUGGAGAACUGAUCACUUUCUAUUACCACUGGAAGAAAACACCAGAGGCCGCAGGAACCAGAGCUUACCGACAGCAGCGCAGGCAGCCGUCCUCUCGCAAAGCAAAAACCCGAUCUGCAGCUUCUCCUUUGAACGCACAGUCUCGAAAUUAUUCAGUGGAUGCAAGUUCUGCCAGUGAUGAUGAUCUUGAUAGUGAAGACAGUGAACAGGAAAGCAAGAGCUGCAGUCAUUGUGGCACAACAACUUCUAAGGAUUGGCACCAGGGUGGGAGAGGCAACCCUUUGCUGUGUACAAGUUGUCGUACUUAUGAAAACAAACACGGAUGUCUGCCGUCAGCCCCAAAGUCAGGAAGCGCUCCGUUCAUGUUUAAACCUGUUAAAGUGGAGGAAGAAGUGAACAGCAAGCAUGCCAUGAGGACACGGCGUAGCAGAGCACCUCAGUUAUCAUCGUUACGAAGUGGCCACAGAAGGCUUACAGGCUCCCCGACCAGUGAGGAUCAGCAGUCCAGUAACCAGCCCUCCCCGAGUGGAUCCAUCUCCAAUUCUUUGAGAUCGUCUUCCACAGAUACUAAGAAUGAAUCCACAAAGAAAACAAACAAGGUAGAGCAUGAUUACCUAUUCGUAUACUUGUUGGACCUGUUUGGAAUUAUCUUUGCUCAGGACGAUGGCAGCAGUGACACCAAAGACAUCGAUCAAGACAACCGAAGCUCUUCUCCUAGCAUUCCCAGCCCUCAGCAGGGCAACGAGAGUGAUUCUGACUCAUCUGCCCAGCCCAACGGUGUUCCAUCAGAGCCGGUUGCCCCCACUGCUGUGUUAGCUGACACACCGGUCCCCCAAGCCCUCUCCUCACAGCCUAUCACUCCCCAGCUACUGCAAAGCAUACCCUCUGCAGACCCAGCUCAGAGCCCCCCUCCUCCCUCUCCAGAUCCCCCUCAGGCCGCCACUGGCCAGUCAGCUGCCACAGUGGGCACAAAUAGCCGUGCACAGCCCACCCCUCACUGUAUUUCCGGUCCACCUGCUCUGCCAUCAUCAUUGGAACAGGAGUCUCCUGUUCCUCCAGCAUUUCAGAUCCCAUCCACUCUCAACUCUGCGCAGCCUUUGCAGCUGCAUGGUCCAUCACCUUUGCCCCCCCAACGACCCCCAUCCUUCUUUAGGGAUGGUCAGCUCCACCAGCCUCCUCUUCCUGCUCCUCAAGUCAAGCCUCCUCCCACUACUCCUAUUCCACCUUCACACAAACAGCUUCCCCAUCAGUCUGCUACACCUUUCCCCCAGAUGCCCUCUAAUCUUCCGCCGCCUCCUGCUCUAAAGCCUCUCAAUUCCUUGCCCAACCAGCAUCCUCCAGGUGCUCCCCCUCCACCUCUUCAGCUUAUGCCACAACCUUUGCCUGUGCAUUCACUUCCAGGCCAGCUUCCAGUGAUCUCUCAGGUGCAGACAAACUCUGGAAAAAACAUGACUUCCUCUUACUCACCUGCUGCAGCCUCACACCCCCUCACCUCUGUAACACCCGCUGCUAUUGGCCCUGUACCGAGCCUCCAGCCAUCAUUCCAAUCUCUUCCUCUGAGACCUUCGUCUGGCAGCGCUGCAGGAAGUUCGCAAGUUCAGGUUAAAGAGGAGCCUCUUGAUGAGAUGGAGGAGGCUGAGAGCCCACCGUCUCCACCUCGAAGCCCCUCACCAGAGCCAACCAUUGUCAACAUGGCAAGUCAUGCCAGUCAGUCUGCACGGUUUAUCAAGCACUUGGAUCGUGGCUACAACUCGUGUGCCAGGACAGACCUUUUCUUUACUCCACUGCCAUCCUCCAAGCUGGCCAAGAAAAGAGAGGAAGCUGUGGAAAAGGCCAGGAGAGAAGCUGAGCUCAGUGCUCGACAAGAACGGGAAAGGGAGAAGGACAGAGAGAGAGAGCGAGAAAGGGAGGCCGACAGAAGUGCUAGAGCAUCCAGCUCCUCUCAUGACAGUCGUAUGAGUGAAGCUCAAAUGGUGGCUCAAGGCCACGGACGCCCCUCAUUUGAGCAGCCGCCCACCACAGUAGCAGCCGUUCCUCCCUACAUUGGCCCAGACACACCUGCCCUGCGCACCCUAAGCGAAUACGCCCGACCCCAUGUCAUGUCUCCCACCAACCGCAACCAUCCUUUCUAUGUGUCCCUGACCCCUGGUGACCCUUUACUGGCCUAUCACAUGCCUGGCCUGUACAGUGCUGAGCCUAGCCUCAGAGAGCGUGAGCUGAGGAACCUCAGAGAGAGGGAGUUACGCGAGAGGAUGAAGCCUGGCUUUGAGGUCAAACCCCCAGACCUGGAAACCUUGCACCCUGCUGCAAACCCUAUGGAGCACUUUGCAAGACAUGGGCCAUUAGGUCUUCCUCACAUACCUGGGCCCCCACAUCCCUUUGCGCCGUUCCAUCCUGGGCUGAACCACCUAGAGCGUGAAAGAAUGGUGUUAGCGGCACCUCAGCUGCGCCCGGAGCUGACUUACGCUGAGCGACUCACUGCAGAGCGGCUUCACGCUGAGAGGAUGGCUUCAGUGGCGACUGAUCCUGCUGCCAGGCUGCAGAUGCUUAAUGUUACACCCCAUCAUCACCAACACUCUCACAUUCACUCCCACCUCCACCUGCACCAACAGGACCCCCUCGGUCAAGGUUCAAGCCCUCAUCCACUUGUGGAUCCUCUGGCAACAGGACCACGUUUGGCCAGAUUCCCUUUCCCUGCAGGCCCAAUCCCCAACCCUUUACUUAGCGAUCUUCCUCAUGAUCAUGAGAUGCUGCGCCACCCACUAUUUGGAGCAGCGUAUCCACGAGAGCUGCAGGGCCCAAUUCCUCCGAUGUCUGCAGCUCAUCAGCUUCAGGCCAUGCAUGCUCAGUCUGCAGAGCUGCAGAGGAUGGCAAUGGAGCAGCAGUGGCUGCACGGGCAUCACCUGCAUGGAGGCCCUCUACCAGGUCAGGAGGAUUAUUACAGCCGUCUGAAGAAAGAAGGUGACAAGCCAUCUUGAGUCCAAGGAGGUGCAUGCCCUGAAACUCUAAACUUUUACCCAAUACUGUGUACUUUUGAAACUGUAAGAGAAUAUUUUGUGUCAUUUUUGUUUGUUUUAAUAUAUUUUAGAAAAAUAUUUGUGGAUCUUUAUGUGCAUUCCUUGUUCAGCACUUAAUGCGACUGUCAAAGUCCGUCUGAGAUUUUCAUAUCACUAGAAAAUUUAUACUACUUUAUUAUUAUAAUAUUCAACACUGAUAAUAAUAGCAUUAUUAAUAAUAAUAUUAUUAUUCUGACUCUUAUGUGAGAUUUAAAGUGACUCUAAAAAACUUGUUUGUUAUGCAGUCACUUAAAAAUGAGCUAAAAUUCAGCUCUUAUAAAGGAUAUGAAAACAGACUGACUUUGGUGUCAACUAUAACUAUCUCUGUAAUGAUUUCUAAAAGAUUUCCUUGUACAGAAUGACAUUUAAAUCGAUGUGUGGAUGAUUGUAAUAACCUAGCAUGACUCAGUCUUCAGUUUUCACCAAACUAGAGUAGCGAGUUGCAUUGUGGUGUUUAGCCUUUGAAAGCAUAGUAGAGGUUGUAUGUACUCCUAAAUCUGCUAAAUAUUUGUUUAAAUCCGAAAGUUUUAUAUAUCAAGAUAUCUUUUCACACUAUAACCGAAGCUUUUAUUCAUUCAUUUUUGAGAUUGUACCUAUAUGAGCGAGUUGAUAUAACAGUAGUUGUGAACACUCGACCCUUGAUCCAGCACAAAAGUAAGUCAUAAGCUAAAAACAGUAUAUAGUAUUAUUAGUUGCAGUGACUAGAAUCGGACCAUGAUCUGUCUUUACAGACAGUGUUUUAAUUGAUUUUAUUAGGAAAGCGUAUUUACAGUUUUAAUGAGAACAACUUAAUUGGAUCGAAACUUCAGCUUGAACAUUUUUAAAAAGAACUGCCCAAAUUCAGUAUUUAUGUGACAUGAUAUGAAAGUGUAUCCAUGACAUAUUUAUUUCAAUAAAUAUUUCUGAAUUGA